AUGACAUCAGAAGAAGAAACAAAGAUCCCUAUUACCACAUUAUCAAGAUUAUUUCAAACUGCUGUUUUUGAACAUGAAGAUUCUAAAAUUACUCAACAAACUUUAGAACUUUCAUCUGAAUAUUUAAAAAUGUUUAUUAGAGAGGCAAUUUUAAGAGCUAAUGAUGUUCGAGAAAAUCCAAAAGAUGCUAUUAAUAAAGGUGAUUCAGAUGCUUUACAAAAUCAAUUGAUUGGUGAUGUGUUAGAUGCUCAACAUUUAGAAGAAAUCGCAGGUUUACUUGUCUUAGAUUUUUGA